CCCCUCAUCUUCAAGCUUUGCAAUCUUCCUGUCUUAACAAAAACAACAGAAACCCUUCCAUCCAUCUAUCGAUCCAUCUUCUCUUCAAUCUUGAAGAGCCCCAAAAGAUAGUCAUGAGUUACCAGAGAGCCCCUCAUGAUCCCUGCUCUCCUCCAGGGUACUCAUCACCUUACCCGCCUCCAGGGUACCCGCCAUCAGCGCCUCCCCCACCACCAUACGAAGGGUACCCACCACCACCUCCACACGAAGGGUACCCACCACCACCACCUCCAGGGUAUCCAGGAUACCCACCACCGGCGCCACCACCUCCAGGAUAUCCAGGAUCCCCCCCACCGGGGCCACCACGUGGGUACCAAGGGUAUUUCGCUGAAGGGUAUCCAACGCCUCCAGGUCCGCCACAGUACCAGCAGUGUUGUCAUUAUGAACAUCACCCUUACCAGGAUAAUUAUGGUGGUUGCUCCUCGUUCUUACGUGGAUGUUUGGCCGCACUUUGUUGCUGUUGUGUGUUGGAGGAGUGCUGCUUCUAAAAUCUGGUUGCUUCAUUAAUUUUCAAAUGAUGUAUAUGGGGUCUGGUAAUUCUGGUUUUGCGUUGUGGUUGUUGAGAGAUUCUGUAUUUGUAUGGGUUUCUAUGCACAUAUAAUUUAAUAGUCAUUUCCUCCAAAUUGGAAACAAUAUGAAUAUGCUUCAAUGCUAUGAUUUCAUUGAUCUUCUUGACUUUAA